GUUCUGGACUGCGCCUGAGCACGCUCUCAUCUAACCGUUAGCUCUCGCAUCGCCCGUCGUCGACCACUCCUCCUUUCCUUUCUCAUUUGACUCGUUGUUUUUUAAAAUUGCUUUCAUUUGGUUCUUUUUUCACACGCAGUACAGGUCCGACCUUCGUGACGACGACGGCGCCAGGCGAGCGACGCGCAAAGGCGAGCCAGACAUCCCUCGCGACCCAGCCAUAACGAGCUUCGACAGGAAACAGUCCACAUUGCUCGCAAACAUCACGAACAACACGCGCCCUAUUUCCCCCUCCUGACGGCCUAGCUGCUCCUUACAACAUUCUGCUUUCGCUCGUUAUCUGGAUCACUCGCCGCGAUGACCGACAAGCUCCCGCCCAACUUGCUCGCCCUGUUCGCGCCCCGGCCUCCCUUACGCUACCUUCCUCCCACCGACCAUGCACCUGCGGACCGCCGGACGGCAUAUAUUAGCAGCGUCGCUGACUAUCUUCCGGCGCUGGAGGAGUACAAGAGGACAGAUGUGUACCACCCGACGGAGAGUCACCAGCAACGCAAGGAUCGCAUCAAGUUGGAGAAGCAGAAGAAGGCGGAUUGGCUAACAACCGAGGGUGUUAAACAAUACAAGCCCUCGGAAGACCCAAAGAUUGAAGGCGAUCCAUUAAAGACGCUGUUCGUAGCGCGACUGAGCUACGAUGUUACUGAGAAAGAUCUUGAACAGGAGUUCAGUCGCUUUGGCCCUGUAGAGAAGGUGCGGAUAGUACGCAACGAGUAUGCGCCGGAGGAUGCACCGAAGAAAAAGAAGAACAGAGGCUACGCCUUCGUAGUCUUCGAAAAAGCAAAGGAUAUGACAGCUGCAUACAAGGUAACAGAUGGUCUCCGAUUAAAGGGACGCCCAAUUCUCGUAGAUGUAGAGCGAGGCCGCACAGUUACGAACUGGCGUCCUCGACGUCUAGGCGGCGGGCUCGGCGGCAGGGGCUACUCCAAAGCCGGUCCUUCAAGGCUCAACGGUGCAGGCAACUUCAACGGCCCUCCUAGCGGUCCAGGUGGCUUCCGCGGUGCCGGCUUUCAAGGUGGCAGACAAGGCGGUGGCUUCAGAGGAGACUUUGGAGGUGGUCGCAGUGGAGGCGGAUUUCGAAGUGGCCGCGGAAGCAGCGGAUUUGGAGGGCCACGUGGAGGUGUGGGCUAUCAGUCUAAUGGCUUUGGAGGAGCUCCUGACGGCGCACCUGCAGGACCAAGAGGCGGUAGCAGACCAAAUGGAUAUGGAGGAGGCCGAUCAUAUGACGAUCGAGGAUAUGGUGGCAGUGGAGGAUCCAGAAGUGGAGGUGGUGGGUAUCGCGAUAGAGAUCAAGAUGGUGGGUAUGGCGGCCGAGAUGACUCACGGAAACGAAGAUAUGAUGACGGAGGAAGUUACGAUGACCGAAGGAGUAAGCCACGUCAUUGAGAGACUCACAGGGGACAAGGACACGAUCUUUAUCCGGCGUUCAGACCCGUCUCUUAGAGAAGAGAAUCCCGGCUCUCGCAUGCGACAUCGUGUACGUGGCAGGAGCGUAGCCUUAUAGCUCAGGAGUUUCCCUUAUCUUGUGUUACUGCCGGCAAGCAUUUCGAAAGAGCUGCGGUGAGUAUUGGGCGGUUGGGUGGGCACAAAGUAGGUAUUCUCCCUCAAGAGAUUCGCUUCUCACAGCAGGGAUAUGAUGCUGUACGAAAACAUACCUGCACACAAAGCCAGGAAGAAAACGGUGUCCAAAAAAACAUAGUCAAAAUUUAAUUAUGGCAGUCAUACCAGGUAAGCCACCAGGUAAGGUGCUUGUAUCUUUCAUCAUUCCAGCAUCCUUGAAUCGCUCGACUGGACACAUAAUGUGUACGGACCUUCUUUGCAAACCAAUGCAGAUCAUGAUAUCGAGAUUCCUUUCGGGAUAACAGUCGCACGAUUAAUUGCUCUUCCUUACAAUGCAGAGUGUGUACAUAGCUUGAUCAAAAUCAUCCUGGAUCGUUCCUCUAAGCU